UCUCCUGACUGCAUACCGAAGAAGGAAGGCGUUGGGAUAUUUUUUUUCCUUUUCCUAUGCUGCUAUUCAAAUUCUCUAGAUUUUAUAAGCUUUUUUAUUUUUCUUAUUAAAGUCUAAUGUUCUCCCAGGGUGGCUGAGCUCGCUGUGCAAUUAAACUCCUAUUGCUUUGGUUCUUUGUAGAUGAGCAGGAAGCACCUCAGAAUACCACAGCAACAUUGAGUAGCUGUGUCCUCUCCAGAUCAUACUAUGACCUUCACAAGACAUGAAGGAACAAGCAGUGCUGUCUUUCCUUCUCAUUCUCAUCCAGUCUGUCUGUGCAUUUAAAGAUACACCCUUUUCAGUUUUCUUCAACCAUCAUCGUAGUGCAAAUGACAAGAUUGUCAUUGGAAGAUAUGGUGAAGAUAUAAUUCUCCCUUGCUCAUUUCAGAAUGAGCCUGAUGUUGUAAUUCACUGGAAGAACCAAGAUAACUCCAAUGUUCACAGUUACUACAGAGGCAGUGACCAUUUGGAAAACCAAGAUCCUAAAUUUGCAAACAGGACCUUUCUAUUCCACAGCAAGAUUCAAAAUGGGAAUGCCUCUCUAUACUUCAGAAGGCUAAGCCUUCUGGAUGAAGGAAUUUACAUCUGCUACGUGGGAACAGCAGUUGGACAGGUCACAAAGAAAGUGGUGCUAAAGGUGGGAGCCUUCCUCACUCCCGCGAUGAAGCACGAGAAGAGAAACACGAGCAGCUUCCUGGUGUGCAGUGUGCUCAGUGUUUAUCCUCGUCCACGUGUCACAUGGAAAGUGGACACUGCGUCUGUCUCUGGAAGCAAAACAGAAGAAACAGGGUAUCUGGGACCUUUUUAUAUUAGCAGCGCCCUGAAUAUCACAGGAUCAAAUUCAUCUUAUGAAUGUGCAAUUGAAAACCCAUUGCUGAAGAAGACAUGGACAGGGCGGUGGACCCAGGAAGGUGACCUUUGCAAAAGGCAAAGCGAAUAUGCUUCACUCUCAUGUCAAGGAAUAAGAAACUUUUCUGUACCAAGUGAAGACUUCAUCGUUACUUGGUCCAUAAGGAAAAAUGGAAUUGCCUCCGUCUUAGGUUGCUAUUUGAGUGCCUCACAAAUUCCAGUCAUCAAUGAACCCCGAUUCUCUUGGAACAAAGAACUGAUAAACCAGAAUGAUUUCUCUAUGACUUUGACAGAUCUUAGUGUUUCAGACACUGGGGAAUAUUUGUGCAAUAUUUCUUCAAGAGAAUAUACUCUGCUCACUGUCCAUACGCUGCAUAUAGAACCCAGUGAAGGAAAUGCUUCCUGGAUAAUACCUGUUCUGGUGGCAUUGGGUGUUUGGGCAGUGUUUCUGACCUUGAUAGUGAACUUCCGUUAUAAAUGGAGAAGAUACCUCUCAGAAAAUGUCUACUGAUGAAGAGACUAGCAAUGAUGGUAAUUUAGAAGUCAACAUGCCUCUUCAAAUAGCCAGCCAGUACAGGAAAUGAAGACAGACCAUGAUGAGCAUUCAGAAUAUACAGUGACGUCAUCUCGUCCUCACUGCCGUCCCAGGCAAUGGCUUGUCAGCCCUGGAAGUUUUACCACUGGGAAGAUUGAACUGUUCUCUUUUAUUCAGCUUUCCUUUUGUCUUCAAUAACUUGUGUAAUAUAAACUCAAUUGCCAAUGUGACAGUGUUGGAAGCUGGGCCUAAUAAGAGGUAAUUAGGUCAUGAGGGUCCUACCAUGGCUGUGGGAGUGGGGUAGUUAUUGAAAGAAUGAGUUUGGUCUGCUCUUAUCCUUGCCUUCUUCUGGCCUUCUGCCUUCUGCUAUGGGAUACAGUGAAAAGAUUCUUGAUUGAGGCCAGCACCUUGAUUUUGGAUUGUGCAACCUCCAGUAGUAUAAAAAAUAAAUUUUUGUUUUUCAUAAAUUUGUUAUUGUCAGGUAUACAAGGCAUCCAGUAUUAUGUUCAUGCAUUAUGAUAUAUACAACCAUUUCUGACCCUCCCACCUGCAUUAGAUUGUAAGUACAUAAAAGCAACUCAACUUAACUUAGAAAGUAAUCAUCUUAAUUAUUUACUUCUGCUGCCGUAUGCUCAGGUGAACACAGUGAGUUUCCACCUAGAACUCAGCAGGGAUGUACUAUCAGGAGCUGACCUAUAAUUUGACUAAUCAUUGAGGGCUAAAAGCAGUAGGAACAGGUUAGAGCUUAGUGAUGGUAUGAAAUGCCAGGGCCUGAAAACAUGACCAUUGAUUUGAGGUAGUAUACCUUAGGUUUAUUUAAUGGCUGUAUGAGCAUAACCCACAAAAUUUAGUAUGGUAAGACUCAGGGUUGCUGCGGAGUAAAAGUCUUGGUAUGUCCAAGAAUGUUUAAGGGGAAAAGGCCUCUCAAGAAUUGAUGUAUCUGAAGUCAGGUUGCUAUGAUCAAGUGACCCUGACCAUGAAGUUAAUUUAAUGAACUCAUAUCAGUUGGAAUACAGUUAAUCAGCUUUCUAAUAGAUGUAGCUUUCCAUAUAAAUUUAAUACAGGGAGAGAUGCAGUAUCCAGCUGACUUCAUGGUCUCUUUCCCUCACCCUUAGUCAUAAAUUUAUAGCAAAAAUUCUAAUGUAAAUGUUUAUAUCAGCAUAACCAGAUAUUUUGUGACUUAACCAAUCAAAGCAUUGGCCCUAUAGUUUAUUUUAUCAUGUCUACAUCUUGUACUAUGACUAACCACUACAAAGACAACAAUAUGCAAUGUUUUAAUUAUUGAAACUC